UCAUUCCGCUAUCGAUUACUGUCUAUGAGGCUAUACAUACACUGCUUUUUUUGUUCCCAAGUUGCUGAGCAGUUUGUCAAUGGAUGCUGCACAUGACUAGUUAAUGGCACGGGGAGGCGCUUUUGUAGUGUACAGUUGUGGUACGAGUUUUCAAGUUCCAUGUACAGUAGGUGGGCCGUGCGUCAGCUGAUGACGUUGGACAACAAAAAUGGCAGGAGGAAGCAGCAACUACUGGGAAGAUUUGCGAAAGCAGGCCAGGCAGCUGGAGAAUGAGCUGGACCUGAAGCUGGUGUCCUUCAGUAAACUGUGUACCAGCUACAGCAGCUCCAGAGAUGGCCAUCGAGGAGACAGCAACUCAGAUACUACUCCCCUCCUCAACAACUCCACACAGGACAGAAUGUUUGAGACCAUGUCUGUGGAGAUUGAACAGCUGCUGGCGAAACUCACGGGUGUGAACGACAAGAUGGCGGAGUACACCAGCACCCCGGGGGUGACGUCCCUUAACGCAGCCCUGAUGCACACGCUCCAGAGACACAGAGACAUCUUGCAAGACUACACUCACGAAUUCCACAAAACAAAAGCCAACUUCCUUGCCAUCCGGGAGAGAGAAGAUUUGCUAGGGUCUGUCCGCAAAGACAUUGAGACAUACAAGAGUGGCUCAGGAGUGAACAACAGAAGAACAGAACUGUUUCUGAAGGAGCAUGAACACCUGAGAAACUCUGACCGCCUGAUGGAUGACACAAUAAGUAUUGCCAUGGCGACCAAGGAGAACAUGACAUCCCAGAGAGGGCUGUUGAAGUCCAUACAGAGCAGGGUCAACACUCUGGCCAAUCGUUUCCCAGCCAUCAACAACCUCAUCCAGCGAAUCAACCUGCGAAAGAGGCGAGACUCCCUAAUCCUGGGCGGAGUCAUCGGCAUCUGCACCAUCCUCCUGCUGCUCUAUGCCUUCCACUGAUGACGGACAGACCUGUCGAACAAUUGUUACUCUGCGUUUGUGACAUCGGAAUCAGAACUCUGGAGAAUGUGCUUUAGUGAUUGGAGGCUACUGAACAGACGGACAGACAGACGCCCCCCUUGGCCCAAUCGGUUAACAGGAUUGAUCGAAGCCAGCAUUGACUACCUGAUUUGUAUUUAGCAGUGGGAGGGAAGGAGAUGGGAGAUGGAGCAGCAUCAUUUAUUUUAUUUUAUUUUUUAUCACAAGUUAAUGUGCUGUUCAACUCUGGUUAAGGGAACAGAGACCAAAUUUACUAACAUGACUAGAUUUGAAAGAAAUAUAUAUAUAUAUAUAUAUGAACACUUGCUUCAAGAAGGAGUUGAAUGCUCUGAAGACAGAUGGUGAAAACGAAAGCGAGACUGUUUGCUGUCUGUUGAUUUCUCUGGUGGAAGGAUUUUUAGUUGAAUGGUCCUUUUUUUUAGUGACUGGAGAUUCAGGAGGUUCAUCCUCAUGGGCUGUACAAUGUGCAUUAUUAAUAAAUUAUUCAUUUACAGUAUGUGAUACUAGGCACUUAUCAUUUUAUUUUUCAAUGUAUAUUUUUUUAACUUGAUGAUUGAGAAAUUGUGUUUUGCACUGAAGACCAUUGAUGGAACUCUAGUGCUGCAAGUACCGUUAUUCUGUUGUGCUGCAUGGAUGACUUCAUAAUCACUGUAGUACUUUAAACAAUGGCCACAUACAGGUGUAUGGUUAAACUAAAACUCUGAAAGACUUCUUUCAUUACGUGUUUCCCUCUCGAUUCUAAGAUUCAUCUACUUAGCUUAAUAUGCCACUUAGCAGACACUUAUCCAAAGUAACUUACAGUACAGUGAGUGCAUGCAUACAUUUUUCGUGUAUGUGCUCCCCUGUGGUAAUCGAACCCACGACCUUGGUGUUGCUAGCACCAUGCUCUCACCAACUGAGCCACACAAGAUCACCUAAAAUCCAGAGAUCUGUAAGAGUGAUCAGCAUUCAGGCUUCUUUGUGCUUCGUCAUGAUCUAGGACCGUAUCCUGCUAAGGCCUACCUUGAGAUAGUCAAUAAACGUUAAGUCAUACAUUGAUGUCAACUGAAAAUCUGUGCUCCAAUUUUAGUUCUGAACACAGAUUUUAUAAGUUAUGAUUCUGUUCUACCGUAUGUGCCCAUCGCAAUACAGAACCUCAAACCUG